UCAAGACAAGCAGAAGCUUAGGAUAUGUGUAAACACACCCGCUCUGAGCAAAAAGCACACAGAGCAGAGUCCUGGAUUAUCCUUUUCUUAAGAAAGAAAAGUAAAAUAGAAAAGCUUUGCCUGGAUUAAUGAGUUUGGUGGUUGUUUUUUUUUUAAAUUUUUGAAAUGUCAGAAGGUGAUGACUUUGGACAAAGUAAAAGUUGGGAAGUUGUCAGUUCCAAAUCAGACUACAGACCCCGAAUAAAUCAAUGUAUUGCUGAAGCACUGAUGAAUUUGUUUAUAUUUCUUGAAGAGAUGUCACACUUCAAAGAGCAGAAUCCUGGCAAGUUUUGCCUUCUAGUCUGCAGUGUGUGCACAUUUUUCACCGUCUUGGGAAGUUACGUUCCUGGAGUUGUACUGUCCUACUUUCUGUUACUCUGUGCCUUUUUAUGUCCUUUCUUCAAGUGCAAUGAAUUUGGGCAGAAAGUGUGCAGCAAAAUUAAGUCAGUUCUGCUGAAACUGGAUUUUGGAAUUGGGGAUUAUAUCAACCAAAAGAAAAGAGAACGAUCUGAAGCAGCAAAAACAAAAUCCACAGAAGAUGAGAGUGAAUUAGAUAUAUCAGCUUUGUGUCCUAAGGUUAGUCCUGCAGUUGUUGCCAAAGAGCUAUCAGUGUCUGACACAGAUGUAUCAGAGGUAUCUUGGACUGAUAAUGGGACCUUUAAUUUAUCUGAAGGAUACACUCCCCAGACAGACACAUCUGAUGAUUUUGACCGGCCCAGUGAUCAUGAAGAAGCUUUUGCCAGAGAUCUUACAGAAUUUCCCUCCCUAGAAAAUGGUGCAGGAACGAAUGAUGACGACGACUCAAGCAUUGGCCUGCCUACUCAGCAAAGGAAAAAAAAGGAACAAAUGCCUUUCAAGGCAGAUCACUCUCCCAAACAGAGUAAAGAGAGACCAUCUGCUGCAGGCUUCUCCUUGCCUUUGACCAGUGACCAAACCCUUAACUUAGUGAGUGGUAUUGCCGGCGAUGUCAUUGCAGCUGCAGUAUCUGCUGCCAUCAAAGACCAGUUGCAAUCUGCACAGCAAGCCCCUUUACAGGCAUUCCCCAGUCUGAGCGAGGAGACAGAUACAGAAGAAGCUGAUGAUUUUGAACUGCUUGACCAGUCAGAGCUUGAGCAAAUUGAGAGUGAACUGGGUCUUACACAAGGCCAGGAAGGGCAACCACAGGGAAAAAAGAAAUCUAAAGGCUUCCUUUCAAAUCUACUUGGAGGUCAUUAAACUGGAAAUUGGAGUUAGUAACAUAGCAGGAAUGAAACAAAAAACAAACAAUAAAAUGCAAAAAAGGAAAAAUCUGAGCUGUAAGCUUUAACUAUUACUUUAUAUGUGUUGUAAUAAUUCCCUUUAUGCAGAGUGAAUUAACUGGAUACAUAACAGCUGACACUGAUAGUUUAAUGUUCCUGAUAGUUAUGCCUCAAUGUAGUAGCAUGGAAAUGAACUAUCUAUCCACUGUUUGGUCACAGAUGAAUGUUGGAGGUCAGUUGUUCUUCAAAAACAAACUUUGCCAAAUUUAUAUUUGGGGUCAUCAGACAAAUGCCCUCCAUCUUUGGUUUGUUUACACAUAGUUUUCAAAAAUGCAAAGCAUUUAAUGAUAAAUAGAAUUAUCAGUGGGAUGCAACAAGAUGAGCAAAAUCUUUUAACUGUCUCUCUAAUCCAUAUAGUCAUCAAUGUAUGCAGUGCAUUUGAUGUUCACAAACAUUUUAACCAGCAUAACUGUAGUUUAAGGAUGUGUGCAACACCAUCAAAAUUAACUAAAGUCGUGUUGCUUAUAUAAAACUUGAAAAUUAUUUUUUGGGGUAGGCUGAUACAUUUCCAAGUUCUCUGCUGUUUAGUCUUGUAGUUAUGAAAUGGCAUGCUACUAGAUUGACCAUGUGCUGUGUUCUCUGCUACAGUUUGUACUGGGCAGCAUUGCCCAUAGAAAACAAAGUUAUAUUUGAGAUUAUGACUAUCAUGUAAACUGAACAAGGAGCGAACAAGGUGAGUUUUUUA